GCGCGUCUUCAGAAGUUUCUGGCAACGCCACUUGAAUAGCGUCGCGUCUUUUUUGUAGUUUAAAAUUUUGUGAAAUUUCGGCGAAAUAAGUUAGGUUUAAUUAAGUAGUGUAUAUAACACCGGUCAGAAAUUGAUAGUCAAGUUAUUACUGCCAAGAUGUCGAAGCCCCAGAACAACGACACUCUGGAGCUGGACGACAUCCUCAGCCAGCCGGUGAAGGACAAGGAGCGCUUCGCCGCCUUUAUGAUGCGCAAGCUUGCCGAGAAUAAGCCGGCACAGAAUGACAACCUCUUUGGAAACUUCAAACUUGACUUUGACCUGGAUUUCGAGGUUCCACUGAUCAAGAAGUCUCAACCCAAAGCCAAGUCCAAGGCACCAGAAAUACAGCCCCUGGGGGAAAAGGUUAGUGCAACCAAUACCAAUACAGCCACCGAGAAAUUCAAUGAGCCUCCUGUGGACCAGGCAUCCAAUGAGAAUGCCCCUCCGCGUCGCUCGCCCACUUUGUCGCCAAAUCAUCGACGUUCCUUGCGGCGCAGUGGAAAUGUACCGGGAUCUGAUAAACUACGCCGACAUGCCAUACGCCGGCGAUCCAGGAGCUGUGGACGCCAACUUCUACCAGAGUUCGAGGAGGCCGUAAAUUUGACCCGCAGCAUGUCAAGUCCUGUAAACUUCUUGCCAGAAAUAAGCAGCACACCUUGCGCAGAGAAACCAAAAGAGGAUGUUAAGAAAACAUUAAAAAAUAUAACAAAAGAAGAAACUGUCAAAGCAGCGGAAAAACCUAAGAAACUAUCAGAAAAAGCAGAGCCAGAAAAUCCGCUGCAGAAGUCACCUGCCAGGAACUCCAUUCUUGCCACUGAAAUUGAACGAAUCUGCAGAGAGGGGCAGAACUCUUUUCACAAGAAUGUACUGCAGCUUGACUAUUCUGGUAGGGCACCGUACUCGCGUCCCACUCCUCCGUCAUCACCAUCUCCUGCGGGCUUACGACGUACCUACACAAUGGAAAAGGGCCCAGCUCCAGGCCAGCUGCUGCUUUCGCCAUCACAUAGCUUUAAUACACCCAGCAAACAGCCAGUGGUAAAGAUAAAGCGGUUCAAUCAUGAGAUAAUGGUACCCGACACGCCACAACGACCAAGCCACGAGCCUGCCUGGCAAUCACAACCACAACUGGAGUUCGUAGUGCCGGAAACCCAGCCGCAGGAUCUGGGUGAGUUGGUGCAGACCCUGUCGCGGAACGCCAGCAGUCCAAUUGUGGUGAUAAACACAUCCAAUUCGAAUCGUAGUGUAAGGAGAGAUUCUACCCCUAUUAAAUCUAUUCCGACAUCGCCAGUUGCGGCGACUUCUUCACUACCGAUUGCGUCUUCUCCUAGGCGAUCCGCCGCUGCCCCUCCCCAGAAAUCCAUUCCACAACCUCCGAGGGUUGAAGAAAAUAUGGAUGCCAUAAUGACCGACGACGAAAGCGACGAGCAACCCAGCACUGUGCCAUUAAAUCUAGCUCCUUCAGGUGGGAACACAACCCGCCAGCGACGCUUGCGCAGCAACAAUCGGGCUCGAGUUACUAUCGAGUCUCAGGAGAGUUCGAUGCGCUUGCUUAACCUUCAUCAAUCGGUCAAUGCCAAAAAGUCUAAGCCGCGAAAGACUGCUAUACCGCUGAAUAAGGCCCCAAGUGCACCCAUUAAUGGCGAGCAGUUCGCCUACGAGCUAACCCGCAUGAGCAACUACGAGAUUUUGGAUUUGCGCAAGCGCAACUCGUUGAACGAGAUAUAUCCUUUAAACGGGCACAGGAACCGUCGUUCAGAGAAGCUUAUCUUAGAAGAAGAGAUUCAGAGGGAGCUGCUACGUAGAAAUCUGAUGGAUGAGGCGGAAGGUUUGCCAAUAAAACCGUCCUCCGAUGAUUCGGAUGGGGAGUAUUUGCCGGUACCGCGCAAAACACGGAGUCUUCAAACUAAAAGCAGUGAUCGAUCGCAGGGACGAGGGCGACCACGAUGUAGGCGCCGUGAUAUUCCUAUGACAACCGAACUGAUAAACUAUUUGGGUCUCUCGCAGACUUUAAAAAGUCAACGCAAAUCAUCAAGGGACGGAAAGCGUAGUCUUUACACAAAAGGGGACUCGGACAGUUCAUCAUCGCCGGUAAAACUGCCAAGACUUAGCAGAAGCAUCCAAAUUGUUCCGCCACCUCCAGCUUCUCUGCGCUAUUCACAGAAUCUGCGGUGCUCCGGCAAAUUUGAUUUCGAUAAUGUCGUAAUGGCAGCCCCUCCUGAUUUCCAUGAUAGUUUAAAUAGGGAUACGAUCGAUAUUGCUCCUCCGCCGCCUGAGUACGUUCUAAAUACAAGGGACGGAAGCACAAAUGGACCAAACAGCAGUAAAAAUUACCUGGAUUCACCUCCACCGGAGUACGAAGGGGGCCAGGAACAGGAUGAACACGAUGAGCGACCAAGCAGAUCGCGUAGCAGAGCCAAGUCACAAUCCACUCCGAAGGUACGAAAGGCGAUGGAGAACGAACUGUUACCACCCCCUAUCGAAUAUGUGGAAAAAGAGGAUCGAAUCGAUGAGCGACCAAGGACGUCAAAGAAAAAUAGCAAUCCUGUUGACAUAAAUACACAUGACACAGUAGAACAUUGUGAACCCCCAGAGACUCCAGAGUAUGACGAUAGUGACCAUGAUCAACCAAAGAUUUUAAGGAGAAGUGGAAAAAAGAUCAAGCACUCCAAACAAAAAGUACAAAAGUCCAAUAAGGAACCUAUUGUUGCACCUGCUUGCGAUGAAGAAUACGGAAAAGGGUACAAUAACAAUGAAUCUCAAAAUAAAAAUGAGACUAAAAAAAAGAGCGAUAAGGAUAAUAUGGUAUCACAUACAUUAGAUUGUAUUGAAGAAAACCAUACAGAUUGUAAUUUGUCAUCCAACAAACCGAGCAGUAAUCACCAGAACGCAUCCGAAAGCAAAGGAAAUGAUCACUUAGCCAAUCGUUCAUCCAAGUCCCAGGACCUCUCGAAUUCCCGUCAGGACGCAGUUGAUAAAGAAAAAUCCGUAUCUCCUGGCAAUCGAGGGGAGGAAAUAAUAGAGAAAUCAGAUGUUAUGGAAUCCCUUCGCGUAAACACACCCACUCCGCCGACCAAUCAAAUGUCAGAUGAUAUUCCCAGUAGAAAUCCAUCCCCCAGUUCCAUACUUCUGUCCGACGAUGUGCCCAGCACAAGUAGAGCGGCGUUGGAGGUUUUGCAGCGCAGUCAAAAUAUGCCAAAGGGUCGGCUCCACGAUGCGUCAAGCACGGAUGUGGUGUUCAAGAAACCAUUGGCCCCAGCUCCACGAGCGAAAUCGAAAAAAUCUAAGUCUGAGGUAGACAGAUUGAAGCUGGCCAAAAUUCCGGUGCAGGAAGAGGAACUAAAUACAACCGGUAUUCGUCGAUCAAAGCGGGGUCAAGUUCCACUUCAAAUGAGCUGGUGUCACACCAUGGAUCCUAACCAGUUUGGCUUUAUGCGUGCACAGAUUCCUAACAAAACAAACUUAAAGGCGAAAAAGGGAAAUCCGAGUAAGACUAAGAAAGCCAGUGACACAAAGCUAAAGUCAACCGUGCAAAAGACCUUACCAAACAACCGGGGGCCACUGUGCAGCAGUACCCCAAGAAUUUCUGAAAAGCUGCCGGUGGCAAAACCGCAUUCCGAAUCGCUUGGCCUAAGUACCUUGACAUGGGAAGAAACUGCACUGCCACCGGAGCCGGAGAAAGUUCCCAAGAAAAGGGGACGAUCAAAGAAGGGAGUUGUAGUUGUACAAACUGACACGGAGCCUGAGCCUGAGCCUGAAUCAGAGCCAGAGCCAGAGCCAAUGGUAUCUCCGGUUGGUCCACUUCGAAGUGAUCAAGAAAAGCCCGAAGUUUCUUGCAAGCAGGCUCCCAGUGCGGGUGUUGCGCCAGAUCCCGUGGUAUUCUCAACUCCCCUGAGAGACAAGCAGGAGGAAGCCUCGUCUCAACUGAUGCAUUGGCUGCGAGGCGUUGGAGAGGCACCACCCAGUGCAAGUAUGUCGGAUGAAAACGCGAGUGUCUCUCCUGCAAACGAAUUGAUUUUCUGUCAGGUAGAUGGUAUCGACUACGCUUUUUAUAACACGAAGGAGAAAGCAAUGCUGGGUUAUAUGCGAUUCAAACCCUACCAGAAGCGUAAGACGAAACUAGCCAAAGUCCAUCCUCUUAAACUCCUUGUGCAAUUUGGCGAAUUUAACGUGCAGACCGUAGCUAUGGGCGACGAAGAAGAAGUUCAAGCACUUCUACGCGUUGGUGACAUGAUCGAGAUAGAUACGGGCACUAGAUAUAGUAUUCAAAACGCGAUAGAUAAAGUCAGUGUGCUGAUGUGUAUACGCACUUAAUAAUUGAUUUGUAAUUUGUACACUAAGUAUUGAGCCGAAUAAUAUUUUUUUGGUUUUCAUCACAGAAAAUAAAAAUAAUAGUGUUGUUUUGUUAAAAUA